GGCAAUAUGGCUGAAAACGAAAACAUGGAGAAGGCUGCGCUACACAAGGCCAUUUUCAUGGCAUUACCUCAUUUACAAAAAAUAAAAUUUGCAGUCUUGGAAGUUAAGAAUUGUAAUGCAACGGAAAGUAAACUUUUUUCUGAUGUAGAUUGUAAGUUUGACAUGAUAAAGACGGAGAGGGAAGAAGAAGAGUUGAAAAAUGAAGUGAGACCGUUAACCGUGAACUUCACAACCUUGUUCCGUCCUGGACUCGAACUUUUAACCGCUUGUCAGGAUGAAAAUAUAGUGAUGGAAGCAUUAGUUCUCCUUAACGACUAUUUUCAAAAUAUAGGUUUUCACGAAGAAAGUCUAAUCAAAGUGUUUUGUGACAAAGGGUCUGAGAAAGAAGAUAUUACUGUUGCAUAUGCAGAACACUUCCUUGGAAAGCUUGCUCCUGGGAAAUCAUAUAUUAUUGAUGAUGAAGCAGAAAAGAAAGGAUUAAAAUGCAAAUGUGGAUACAAUGUUGAUCCAAACUUAGGCAGUACAGGCAUUGGUCAUGAGGAGGUAUGGCACGGCCCCGUUGAUAUAAUAUGUUCAUCUGAUAACUUUGAAGAUCAGUGCAUUGCGACCUGUGAGAGGGAUCUGGUUGUUGCAGAUAGUAUUACCAGUUCAUGUACCCCUUCCAAAAGAAUAAAAGAAGAUGGUGGUGAGGAAGACUGUACAGGAGGAAAAACAAUGACAGAAGUGAAAGUAAAAGCUGUAGGAACAAGUGAACGGGCCCUAGCCCAGACUAUUGUAUUUUCCUUACUUCAGAGACAGCGACAUCCUAAUUUUCGUACCUCUUUGACACCAAAUAUUCUAUUUUCACCAGAUUUUAUUCAGAUUAUCAUGUAUGAUGCAGUGAAUGAUGUUUUACUGUGCAGCAAUUUUAUUGAUUUAUUUAAUGUGAAUGCCGAUGGUCAUCUCUCCAGUGAAGCCGUUGUCACUCUAUGGCUUGUUUUACAUUAUAGAAUAUUCUGUUGUGGAUUGCAUUUCAAAGAUAAUGUUGAAGCUGAGAUUUUUAAAUCAAAUUUUCAUAGCCUGACCAAGGAAAAGUGGAAUGUUUAUACGAAGCAUUUAAAAAGCUGUGUUCCGUGUUUUCCAGUUAUAGACAAAGAAAUUAAAGUUGAUACAUGGAACAGAAAAGUCCUUCAAGGAACAGAGUAUUGCAAAGGCAUGAGGAAGAAAAAAACCCAAUGAAAAGUCUUGAUGCUACUCCUUAUAGGUACAAAUCAAUUUUUAUGCCAAUGUCAACUCUCAGUUACAAUUCUUAGAUAUUAAAAAUAUUGUUAUGCUAUUGUGUAAACAGGGCUUUCAUUUGUCAACAUAUAAAAAAAAUAUAGUGUUAUUCUUAAAACUACAUGUUAUUAUUUUUUUUUUAAGUUCAUCUAAGUCGAAGGCUCAAGUGAGCUUUUCUAAUUACAAUUUGUCACUUGUCGUUGUUGUCAUCGUAAACUUUUCACAGUUUUAUUGUCUUCUACAGAACCACUAUACCAAUUUCAACCAAACUUGGCACAAAGCACCUCUGGGGGAAGGGCUUUUAAGUUUAUUCAAAUAAAGGACCAGGUCCCCUUUCAAGGGGAGAUAAUUGUAAACUAUUAAAAAUUUGUUGGUAUUUUUCAAAAAUCUUCUCAAAAAUCAGUCGGCCAGAAAAGCUGUAACUUGAAUGGAAGCUUCCUCAGAUAGUGUAGAUUCAAGUUUGUUCAAAACAUGACCCUUGGGAUUAGGUUGGAGUCACAUUGGGGGUUGAAUUUUUACUUUAGAAUAUAUAAAGAAAAGUCUUCAAAAUCUUUUUCUCAAAAACCAUUUGGCCUAACAAACAGGCUUGUAUGGUAGCAUCCUUAGGUAGUGUAGAUUCAAAUUUGUUCAAAUCAUGAUCCCAGGGCUAGGGUUGGGCCAUGGUGGGGGGGGGGUCAAUUUUUUACAUAGAACAUUACAGAGAAAAAUCAAAAACCAAUUGGCCACAAAAGUUGUAAAUUGUUUAGAAGUAUCCUCAUGUAGUGUAGAUACAAAUUUGUUCAAAUCAUGAUCCCUGGGGGUAUGGUAGGGUAGGACUACAAUGUGGGUCAAAUUCUUACAUACAUUUAUAGAUAGAAAAAUCUUUAAAAAUCUUCAUGUCAAAAACAAUUGCAAAACAAAUAGAAGCUUGUGUGUUAGCAUCCUCAGGUAGUGUAGAUUUAGGUUUGCAUGUUCAAAUUAUGAUCCUCAGGGGUAGGGUGGAGCCACAA